GUAUGAGGUCGAAUAUUGUGGAGUAUAUUUCUAAAUGUGAUACUUGUCUGAAGUAUUCGCGCAAGCAAGUAAAAGAACCUUUAAUUCAGCAUGACAGGCCUAAUCGUCCUUCUAGCAAAGUUGGAUGCGACACAUUAACUUUUGGAGGAAGAGAUUAUUUAGUACUGGUAGAUUAUUACUCUAAUUGA